AUGUUUAAAGAUAUAAUCAUCAUGAGUUAUCGUCUAUUCAUGGAAAGUAUUGAAGGAUAUAUUUCUAUUAGACCUGAAGUAACUUAUUUCUCUUUAUUACUGUUAUUAAUAUUAAUUAGUUUGUGUGGUUCAUAUUUUAUUAGAAUGAAUAAACCAAGCUUUGGUCAUCGACCACAAAAAAUAAUAAAUCCAUGUGCCAAAAGUUUAUUAUUAAAAGUUGAUGAAGCUAUUGCACUUAUUAAACAACCAUUAAUAAAACCAUCACCUAUACAUAAUGGAUGGAAUAUAACAGUACCUAAAAUGGUUGAUAUUAGUAAGUUUACUGAUGAUAAUUAUCUUUCAUGGGAAACGGACAGAGAAAGAGUAAAAGAAUAUAUUUCAAAUAUAUCAUCAGGACUUUAUAUUGAACAUGAAGAUAUUUCUAUUAUUCCACGAUCUAUUAAACAUAGUUGGAAAGCAAAUGGGAAAGAAAGUAUUAUAUCAUUAGUUGAAUGGAAUUUUAGUUAUAGAAAACGAUUUAAUUUAUUUAAAGAAGAAGAAGGAGUUUGGAUUGCCCAUAAAGGUAUGGGAACAGUUGGUACAUGUCAUGUAUUAUCAAAAACUGAAUAUCAAAAAUAUUUAAUGAACGUUUAUUCAAUGAAAUGUAACGGUAAUUUUAUUAUUAGAAGUGGAGCUAUUGAUUCAUAUAUUCGACUUCGUCAAUUUAUUCAAGUGUUAGUAAAUACAAUAAAACCAAAUUCAUUAAAACUUUCUUUUAAUCAAAGAAUUAAUCCAUUACAAUUAUCUUCUACAAUUAAAGUAUGUUCGAUUUCAUUAGUUAGUACUUGUAAAUUUGCAAUAACUGAAAAAAAUAUUGCAGAAAGACAACAUCGUUUAUUACAAGAAAAAGUAUGGAAUAAAAUGAAAAUUGAAAUAACUCAUUUAAAUUAUCAAUUUAGUUUAAAUGAAUUAUUUGGUAUUUCUAUUGGAGAAACAACUUCAAAAGAUAUUAAUCAAAUUAGUUUAUAUCAAUUAAUUGAUUGGUUUAAGAAAGACAUUCAUUGUAAAGAAGAUAUUACAAUAUUAGAACUUAUUAAAAUUUUAUCAGGAAAAGAAAAACAACGUGCAAUUUUAUUACGUUCAAUUCUUGAUGGACAUGAAAAAUUAAUAAUCCAAAGUAGAGUUCAAGAAUUAUUAAUUCUUUGUCUUUAUUUAUUAUUAUCAAAUAUUGUUAUUUGUAUUAAUUGUAAAAGUGGUUGUGAUAGAACAGGUAUGGUUUUUGCACUUGCAUCUUCACUUUGUCAAGUACUUGAAACAAGAGAAGAAUAUUUAGAAGAUAUUGUUUAUGUUGUUCUUCAUUUUGAUGCUAUUGGAAAAGAAAUAAAAAAUGAGUUUGAUACUUCUUUAAAGAAAAAAGAGAUUAAUGUUAAAGAACAAUGUGAAUUGUGGAAUCAAUUUAUUAUCAAUAAAGCUGCUAAUUCAUAUUCAAUAAAUGAUAAAGCAAAAUAUCAUUUAAUAUUUGUUGAAUUACAAAAUUGUAUAUUUGGUAAUUUAAUUGAAGUUGGAUUACCAAUAACAGUUUUAUCAACUGGAGUCUGUGGAUUUAAAUAUGGCAAAGAAAGUUCAUUUUUUAAAAAUCCACAUAUUUCAAAUGGAUUACCAUUUUAUAUUAUAAGUGCAAAUAAAUCAUUUUCUCAAGUUACUUUUAGAAAAUUAUUAGUUGGAGCAAGUAAUUUACGUGGAGGUUCUGAUUAA